GGAUGCCGGUAAUUUUCCAUGAUGAGGUCAGUGGACACAACAGAAACUGCUUCCGACCAGUUCUUCCGCACCUGUUAGCGAGAAGAAGACGCGAUCAACUCACGAUCAUCGCCGUUUCUGUUCACCAAGGACCUCUCUGGUUCUCCUAGACCAUCAAGUGAGUGUUUCUGGGCGUCGCGAAGCUCCAGAAAUCGGAAUGGAACCCAGAACUUCUGGGUACGCAACAGGAGAAAGCUCAACCGUCAUUUCUUCAAGUCGCGAUUUUUACGAUCAGCUGAUUCCCAUAUUUUUGUUACGAUCACAUAAACAUUUUGCCUUCGUGUAACUUCGACUUUUCUAAAAAAAUAACAUGUCCUCCUUGCUUCUACUGAGCAGGAGUAUCUCUCAAGGUGUGCCAAGACUGUCGAAUAUUUACAGAACUCCAGUUCACACGAGGGGAUUGUUUGUAAACAAAUGGAGGACACCAAACAGGUAUCAUGUUUGGUCCAGGAACGGCAAAAGCAGAAAAGACGCCGCCAACAACCACGGCAUACUUCCCGUAGGAGCUAUCUGUUUUUCCUACGGGUUCACCAUCUUUCCAUUGUCACCACCUAAUAUUUUCACCAACGUGUUCAAAAGAUUUGGUAGAUCCAAAGAUCCAGUCACUACGGAUGACAACACCAAGCCUUUGAUAACUUAUCCACCGAAGUCGAAAGUCGGGACUUACGUGAAGAAGAAGAGAAACUUCGUUCUACAGUUUCUGCUGACGAUUUGGAGAUACUUUCGGGUCACGUUGAGAGUCUUGUGGCUGCUGUACAGGUUUGGACCACUGUUUUGUGUCUAUCCUCUGACUUACACCUCACAGAGAUUCACAACUUUGUGGUGGAAACUCCUUCUGAAUGCCAUAGAGGCGGCAGGCCCCACUUUCAUAAAGAUGGGACAGUGGGCUAGCACCAGGCGCGAUCUCUUCACCGACGAGUUCUGCGACAGGUUCUCGCGACUCCACGUCCACGUAAAACCUCACUCGUGGUUCUUCACCAAGCGUAGACUCCAGCGAGCCUUCGGGAAGAACUGGAGGAAGAUUUUCGUGAAGUUUGAGAACAUGAGAAGGCCGAUUGGUUCGGGAUGUAUCGCUCAGGUGUACAAGGCUUACAUGAGACCAGAGAUGAUCAAAGACGAAGAACUGCGAGAUGAAAUCAUGGAAGAUAUCUUCCUGGUGGAGGCGCCAGACUUUACGGAGGCGUGGGAGGUGACCGGGUUCGGAGACGUGCUGGGGAGUAAAGACAAGGAGCUGGAUGAUCUGGAAGAGGAGAUCGAGAGGAGUAGGUUGGCACGGCAACAAGUGCAUGGUGUGACAACAGAUCCAAGUAGUACAGAAGAGAGUUCCCAGUUUGCUCCAGAGGGUACUGAGAGGUCAGAGUCUUUUGCAGCACAGGUCCAUGACCAACCGUCACCUGGCACACAGCUUCACGAUGAGUUUGAGGGACUCAUUCCUGUUGCCAUCAAGGUUUUGCACCCAGGCUUGUACAGGACAGUGAAGCGCGACCUAUCGAUCAUGUCCGGUAUUGCAUGGCUGCUAGAGUGGGUGCCUGGGCUGAAGUGGCUCAGUCUGUCGGAGAUCGUCAGCGAGUUUGGAGACCUGAUUAUGAGCCAGAUUGACCUACGACACGAGGCAGCCAACUUGGAGCGGUUUAAGGAUUAUUUUGCUGACAUCGACGCCAUCCGAUUCCCUAAACCAAUAAGGCCAUAUGUCAGAAGGGACAUCCUGGUGGAAACAUUCGAGGACGGAGAGCCGAUCACCAACUUCAUGACAGACGACAACUCAGAGUGUCUGAAGGCCAAACUGGCAGAGAUGGGGAUAGAGGCACUGCUGAAGAUGAUCUUUGUGGACAACUUUGUCCACGGGGACCUCCACCCAGGUAACAUCCUGGUGAUGAACGCUGACAGCUACAACCCAGAGCAGUGUAACAAGAUGAUGCUGGUAGACAUGUGUGACACGGUCAUCGUCAACGUGAAGCCAGUGGAGAAUCCCAUCCGAUUGGUUCUCCUGGAUGUGGGGAUCAUCGCGGAAUUGGACGAGCGGGACAGACUCAACUUCAGGGAUGUGUUCACUGCUGUUGUAAUGGGGGAGGGGGAGCAGGUGGCUGACCUGAUCCUGCACCAUGCGAGAGCCAAUGAGUGCAAAGAUGUGGCUCAGUUCAAGAAAGAGAUGGCAGAUUUGGUGCAGACAGCAAGGGAGAACACCGUUACCUUGGGCCAGAUCCAAGUCGGAGAGUUACUGAACAAAGUCUUCUCACUGCUUAUCAAGCAUAAGGUGAAACUUGAGAGCAACUUUGCCAACAUGGUUCUGGCCAUCGUAGUGCUGGAGGGACUGGGCAGGACCCUGGACCCUAAUCUGGACAUUUUGGAAGCUGCUAAACCUAUCCUGCUGGGGACAAACGGGUACUGACCAUUUCAUCUACGGGGGUGUCAAUCAGGAAGGACCCUGUUUUUUUUGUAAUUGAUGAUUGGAAGGAGCUGUCUUUGAUAAAUGUUGAUAUAAGAACUUUUGAUUGCACAAAAAGAGGAUUAGGAAGGAAAAUGGAAAAAAAACUGGCAAGGACCUUAGAGUUAGACAUUUCUCAUUAUUACAUUUGGAGAAUUACAUUUUCUUCUUACGCAAGUUUCGUCCCAUUUUUUUCAACACUCCAUCCAUCCUAUCUGUUAACAAA